AUGCUUUCGUCAAAAGCUCUGCUUUUACGACGCACGCGGGGCCUUGGUCUCGGUGCCAAGUUAGCCAAACAUGUGGGAUACAAGUCGACAUCGCCGUGGCAAUGUAUCUGGCAGCUGAAACAGAAACGGUUGCAUUCCGCUGCCUCCAUGGCGAGCUCAUCAGACUAUUUGGAUCACAUCUACACUGCAUGGCGCGAUGAUCCGGCUACCGUCCACACUUCGUGGCGAGAAUACUUCCAUGCUAUUGAAAAUGGCAUGUCGGUAGCAGAGCCUGUGUUUGAACCUUUUGGGGAUUUUAAUUCUGCAACUAAGACCACGUCUGCCAUACCACGGUUGGAUUCUCACGACCACCGUCUCAAAAUCGACCGCUUAGUCCGGGCUUAUCAGGAUUUUGGUCACAAAAAAGCGCAAACUAAUCCGCUGAAUCUCCCAGAAAAGAGAUUCUCAUAUCUAGAGGUGCUCAGUCCAGAGUCGCAUGGCUUGACCGAGGCUGAUAUGGACCAUGAAGUCGUUCUCGGGCCUGAUCUGCUACCACAUUUUGCAUCGGCUGGCUCUGAAAAAAUGACACUCCGAGAAAUCAUCAACGCUUGUGAAGCUGUUUAUUGUGGAACCAUUGGCGCUGAGUACAACCAUGUCGCUACUCGGGAAGAGCGUGAAUGGAUCCGGGGGCGACUCGAAACACCUCGGCCUUACCAGUUCUCAUCGGAAGAGAAGAAGCGCAUUCUCGAUCGUCUCGUGUGGACAGCAACCUUCGAAAAGUUCAUGUCAGCCAAGUUUCCCAAUGCGAAGCGAUUCAGUAUUGAAGGUGUUGAGAGCCAAGUGCCCGCUCUCAAAGCGGUCAUCGAUGCCAGCGCGGAAAAUGGCGUUGAGAACAUUAUCUUCCCGUGUUGUCACCGCGGUAAACUGAAUGUCCUCAGCAAUGUAGGAAGGAAGCCAAAUGAGUUAAUUUUCAGUGAAUUUUCUCCCGACUCAGAGUCUCGCCACGAUAUUUCUGGUGAUGUCAAAUACCACCUUGGUAUUAACUAUGACCGACAGACGCCCACGGGCAAAACUGUCAACUUAUCAAUUCUGCCAAAUCCCUCGCAUUUGGAGGCCCAGAAUACACUCGGUCAGGGUAUGGCUCGCGCUAUUCAGCAUCAAAAUAGUCGGAAUCGAUCGUCGACAAUGGUUUUGAAUAGUCACACAGAUGCAUCUUUCUCGGGCCAGGGCGUGAUUUAUGAGACUCUUGGUCUGUCUGGACUGAAACACUAUGAGACGGGGGGAACUGUCCAUUUGAUCAUCAACAAUCAAGUCGGAUUCACCACAAAUCCCGACUCUGCACGAACCUCGCCUUAUGCGUCGGAUAUUGCGAAGAGCAUUGAUGCCCCCAUCUUCCAUGUCAACGCCGACGACGUCGAAGCAGUGGUGUUUCUCUGCAAGCUAGCCGCGGAUUACCGGGCUAAUUUUGGGAAAGAUUGCUGGGUUGAUAUGAUCUGCUAUCGAAAGCACGGCCACAACGAAAUGGAUCAGCCGUUCUUCACACAGCCACAGAUGUAUAAACAAAUUGAGCAGAAAGUUCCUCAUCUUGAUUCUUACACAAAAAAGCUGGUUCAAGAGGGCGUCAUCUCGCUUGAGGAAGUCAAGAAGAUGGAGAUGCAUGUGUGGAGCCAGAUGAGCGAGAGCCUGGAAAAAAGCAAGAGCCCCGAGGCAGUCGAGGGUGAAUAUCUGACGGCCCCGUGGGUCGGUAUGAAAACUCCCGCUGAGGUCGCUCAGGAAGUCCUUCUCGCAAAGUCCACGGCGGUGUCCCGAGAUGUGGUCCACACUGUGGCCGGCAAACUAGGUAUUCCUGAAAAGCCAUUUGAAGUCCACAAGAGCCUGAGGCGGAUCCUUCAAAAGCGCCAACAGAGCCUGCUAGAUGGCCAGGACAUUGACUGGGCUACUGCUGAAGCGCUAGCGAUGGGAAGUCUCUGCCUUGAGGGCCAUCAUGUUCGUGUAUCCGGACAAGAUGUCGAGCGUGGCACUUUCUCGCAGCGCCACGCCGUUCUCCACGAUCAGAAAACCGGGGCAACAUACCUGCCACUGAACGACCUUGGUCCAGAGCAAGCAGAAUUCUCCAUUGGGAACUCUUCACUGAGUGAAUAUGGCGUCAUGGGAUUCGACUACGGAUAUUCUUGCAGUUAUCCCAACGCCUUGGUGAUGUGGGAGGCACAGUUUGGUGACUUUGCAAACAAUGCCCAAUGCAUAAUCGACCAAUUCAUCUCAUCGGCUGAGAACAAAUGGCUUUUGCGUUCGGGUCUUGUCCUGUCCUUGCCUCAUGGGUUCGAUGGACAAGGCCCAGAGCAUUCUUCGGCCCGGUUGGAGCGAUUUUUGCAGCUUUGCAGUGAAGAUAGUCGAUUUUUCCCAACAGAGCAACAGCUCCAGAGACAACAUCAGGAUGCCAAUAUGCAAGUGGUUCAAAUGACCACUCCAGCCAAUCUUUUCCAUGUGCUAAGACGGCAGUUGCAUCGGGAUUUCCGAAAGCGCGCGUUCCUCACCAUAGCUUUGAUUCUUUUCUUCUCCAAAUCUUUGCUUCGUCAUCCGUCUGUGAAAUCCAGGAUCGAUGAUUUCACAGGAGACUCCAAGUUUCAGCCUCUCAUCUCCGAUCCAGCGCACGGUUCCGUCAUCUCUGAACCAUGGGGUGUUAAAAGAGUCAUAUACUGUACCGGACAAGUGUAUUUCACCCUUGCUAAGUAUCGCGAGACGCACGGCAUCAGGGACACGGCUAUUACUCGCAUUGAACAACUCCACCCCUUUCCCUGGGAACAGACUCGAGAUAAUCUCGAACAGUACCCCAACGCAUCCGAUAUCGUCUGGUGCCAGGAGGAGUCUUUGAAUGACGGUCCUUGGGCAUUUGCCCGAACUCGCCUGGAAACGAUUUUCGAUACCACUAAUCGGCAUCAAGGUCGUCGCUUGCGCUUUGCAGGUCGCGAAGCGACUCCGAGCGUUGCGACGGGCUUUGGCAAGGUGCACCGGGCGCAGGAAGCUGCCUUGCUCAAAGAGGCGUUUCAAAUUUCUAAUGGGUCAACCUAG